UCGAUUACUCCACCAUUCGUUUUCAAGUCUACUGCUUGGUUCGCCUCAUUUAAUUUUAAAAUAUCCAGUCGCUAUGAAUUAGCGAUUCAAAAUAGUAUUCAAAAACAUGAUUGGAGUUCUUGAGUACCGUUGAAAUCGUUAAAAUUCAAGGUAUUAUCUUUCUGUAGACGUUCUAGUAGAGAUUAGAAGGUUAGUUAAUUAGUGUUUUUACCAUAUAUGGGUUAAUUUGGACAGAAAUCGCACAAUAUGGUAGAUCCGGUUUCAGUUGCUGACCAGGAUAAUGAAACUACAUUUCUACAGGCAAAGGACAUUAUCGAGGAAGAAAGUAAAGAUUGGCCACAGAUUAUGGCAGUUUUGAUUGCUUGUUUAUCAACUUUAUCAAGUGGAUUAUUCAUCGCCUGGCCGUCCCCAUUCAUAGUGAAGAUCACUCAAGAUAAGGACAAUUACGCCAUUAGUGAAUAUCAAGCUUCCUACUUCACCAUCUGGAUCAAUGUAGGAAUCACAGUUUUCUCUCCUUUUUUCACCAUUUUCAGUAUCCCCGACAUUAUUGGAAGGAAACGAACUCUUUUGCUAAGUGCAUUCCCUCAUGUCUCAGCCUGGUUGAUGAAAGCAUUCAGUGGAAACGUGUAUGUACUCAAUUUGGCGAGAUUCAUAGCAGGACUAGGUGAUGCAAUAAUUUUUGCAUCUCUACCUGCCUAUAUAGGAGAAACUACGACACCAAAAGUCAGAGGUGUGUGGGGAAAUAGCUUGAUUUGUUCCUUGUUUCUGGGACAGUUUCUGAUGAACGUCAUCGGUGCUUACUGCAGCGUCCAACACACAUCUUUCAUCUGCUUGACAGUUCCAGUGAUAUUCCUAGUAUCAUUUUUAAAAAUGCCAGAGUCCCCUUAUUUUUAUCUGAUGAAAGGAAGAGAGGGAGAAGCAAAGAGCGCUCUUCAACGAUUAAGAGGUACCAAUGCGGUUGACGGGGAAUUAAUGAAAUUGAAAGUUGCUCUGGAAAGGCAGAUGUCUGAAAAUGGUACUUGGAAAGAUCUUAUUAUGAUUAGGAGUAACAGGAGAGCUCUGGCAGCUGCAGUAUUUCUUCGGGUAUCUCAAGUUACAGCUGGAUUUUACGUUUUUGCUUCAUAUACUCAGUUCAUUUUCGAAAAAUCAGGUGGCAAUGUGAGUUCUGAAGUUUCCUCCAUUAUUUACAUCGGACUGAGUUUUGUUCUGUUCUCAGUUGGAGCCUAUUUUUCAGACAAAUUCGGUAGGCAGAAGUCAUAUAUGAUUUCGUUAUCUCUUACAUCUGCGGUACUCUUUUUGGAAGCCGUUCAUUUCUACAUAGACGCGAAACACUCAGAACUGAAUAUGGAAUCGAUCAAGUGGUUUCCUCUAGCAGGAAUGCUCGUUUAUAUAAUAUUUUCUUCCUUUGGAGUGGGUAUCAUUCCCACUUUGAUGUUGGGAGAAUUAUUUUCUGCAAGUGUUAAAUCGAAGGGAGUUGGUGUUGUAACUACUCUCUUUGGACUUUUUCUAUUUGUCGGUAAUUAUAUAUUUUACCUCAUUAACUCCUACACUGGCCUCUACGGACCGUUCUUACUUUUCGGGUGCUGCACUGUCAUUUCGGCUAUAGUCACGAAUUUCAUAGUUCCCGAAACGAAAGGUAAAUCUCUGGAAGAAAUUCAGCAAAUAUUAAAGGGAAAGAAGGCUGCAAUAAUCUAAAAAUAAAAUUUUGUCAUACUA